AUGAAAAUCAAAACGGCAGAACUCUUUUGCGCAUCACCGGCCUCCACCGCCAUAUGCACCACCAUGAAUCAGCAUGCCAUGGUCCGCCGCGGCAGCGGCGGUUCCUCCACCCCAAGACCCAUAAACCACCGCCACCAUAGCUACUACAACAACCAUUACCAGUUUGAUUUUGGCGAUAAACCCAAAUUCAAAACACCUGCAAUUCCUUGUACGUCUCAACAACAUAUUGAUCCCAAGCCUUACGCUGCUUACCUCCAGAAAAACAAAAAGAGCACCUCCACCUCCACCGCCACCACCGCCGCCGCCACAACGAAAAGUGGUGUUGGUAGUCGAAAUGGCGAUGAGAGUGAUCGUGCGUUGGUGGCGAGAAGGAAAAGCAGUGCUGAUUUGAAUGAUAGAAAUUCUGGGCGAGGUUCGUCGUCUAGAUAUCUUCUGAACAACCCCAUUUUUGUGGCGGACUUGCAGGAUUCCGAUGGUGUUUGCAACGCCGGCGCACUGGUGGUUAGUGAACAAGUUUGGCCGGGUUACCAUGAUCAUUCACCGAUCAAGAAGUCUUUGUCGUCGGGAAAGUCUCGUGGAACUGAAUCGCCGGCGUUGAUAAAAUCAAGAUCGUCGUCGACGUCAAAUCGAUUGGAUGCUCCGGUGGAAUCUCUUGGUUCGAAACUUUCGAGAUCCCGUUCCCGUGAUCAGGUUGUGGAGCUCAGGGUGUCGAUUCAUUGCAAAGGUUGUGAAGGAAAAGUACGAAAACAUAUUUCUAGAAUGGAAGGAGUGAAAUCGUUCCACAUAGACUUGGAAUCGAAGAAGGUGACUGUGAUUGGAGACGUAACUCCAUUGAGCGUUCUUUCAAGUAUUUCAAAGGUCAAGAGUGCACAAUUGUGGCCUUCUCCUUCUCCAUCUUCUUCCUCUUCGCCUUACAUUGCCAUCGGAUACUAA